UUGACUUUGACAGAAUCAUAUGUUUAUCUAGAAGGAUUGUAUUUUGUUUUCAUAUAAAUACACAUAAUUUUAUGUUAAAAUAUGACGAAAAUAGCUGAUAACGUAAAUCCAAACGUUUAUGAAAAGGGUUCAGAGCGCGAAGUGACUAGUAGCGAGCGAGACGAAGAUGUUGUGGAUGAAAUAGAUAGUAGAGAGAUAUUUGAUCUUCUUCGUAACAUCAAUGAUCCGGAACAUCCCCUCACUCUUGAGGAGCUGCGGGUGAUUGAGGAGAGAAAUAUAUAUGUCGACAAUAAGGAUAAUUCAGUGAGAGUGUAUUUCACACCAACAAUCCCUCACUGUAGCAUGGCAACGUUAAUAGGUCUAUCAAUCCGUGUCCUGCUCCUCCGAGCUCUGCCAAGUCGCUACAAAGUGACAGUGGAAGUGAGCGAAGGGACUCACGUCUCCGAACAUGCUGUCAAUAAACAGCUAGCUGACAAGGAACGAGUUGCGGCGGCCUUGGAGAAUAAAAACUUGGUGCAAAUUAUAAACCAAUGUGUCGCCUGAACAUCAACAUUAAGAUUUUGAGUAAAUCAUCUGGAUUUCAUACAUUUGUGAGAAGGAAUAUAUAUAUAUAUAUAUAUAUAUAUAUAUAAGGUUAGAAAUAAAGAAAUUUGAACAUAGUUUCUGUAUUAAUUGGAUUUGAAUCUGUGGAUUAUAUUUUCUCAUCAUUAACCCGGUAUUUACACUCGCCUAUGAGUCGCGAGACGAGGCACGAGACAAGCAGUCGGUCGAGUGUAAAUUAGAAACGAUCCCAGUCUCAGUACACUUGUAAUAAGAACGGUAAUUAGCUCUCCGGCGACUGUUUAAACUGUCACCUCGUGCCUCGCCUCGUGCCUCGUCUCGCGACUCGUAAGCGAGUGUAAAUCCCGGGUAACAACUGAGCUGUUUGUUAUGAUUAAUGUAGGUUAGUUUUACCACACUAUAUAGUGUUGAAAGCUCUUCAUACAUAAAGUCACUCGUAUAUAUAUUAAGGCUUCAUUCACACUGGAUUCUGAGAAGUCACUUAUAACAUUACCAUAUGUUUUGCAGAAACAGGAGACGCUUAGUGUGUAGUGUAUAUAAUGCACGCGACUUUGCCUUCAUUUUAAACUAAAUGUUUUUUUUUUUUUGUAAAUAACACUAAAAAAAUUGUUCCUGUUAUUUCUUAGCGAAAAUUGUUUAUAUAACAGAUGCUAUGUUGUAGUAAAUAUUAUUUUUU